GCAGGCAGUGGGGCGGAGCCCCAGGUUGGGGAGGAGCGGGUUUUUCCCGUCUCCCCUGAGGUGAUUCACAGAGAGACUUCAGGCUUUGUGGCCCUCUUGCUCUGCCCCUGAGUAGAUACCUCAAGUGGGACCAUCAGACCCAAGGGGUGGCUUGGGAACAGUGGUUCUGCCGCAUGUCAUGAAAGUGUCUGCUCUCAGGGAAGGUACAGCCACGGCUUCCCCGCCGCCCCGGGAAAUGGAGGAGGGGCUGGUAUCUGUUGGCUCUGAGCCAGGUGACCCUCGGGCCAAACCCCCUGUCAAGCCCAAACCCCGGGCCCUGCCUGCCAAGCCAGCCCUGCCUGCCAAGCCUAGCCUGCUGGUGCCUGUUGGGCCUCGGCCUCCCCGGGGUCCCCUGGCUGAGCUGCCUUCUGCCCGGAAGAUGAACAUGCUGGCAGGACCCCAGCCCUACGGUGGCAGCAGGCGUCCUCUUCCCUUUGCACCAAAGCCUAUGGCUGAGGCUUCUGCUGGAGGGGAAGCCCCCCGAGAGACUGGGAAAGAGGAGUCUGGGAAAGAAGAGAUGCCCCCCUUGACACCCCCAGCUCGAUGUGCUGCCCCGGGGGGCGUGCGGAAGGCCCCUGCCCCCUUCCGUCUAGCUUCGGAGCGCUUUGCAGCCACCACGGUGGAGGAGAUCCUGGCCAAGAUGGAGCAGCCGCGAAAGGAGGUGCCCGCCAGCCCUGACCGCCUCUGGGGCUCCCGCCUCACCUUCAACCAUGAUGGCAGCUCAAGAUACGGCCCCAGGACCUAUGGCGUGGCUGCCAGUCCGAGGGAUGAGGAUGGCGGGACCCUCUCCAGGAGGUGGUCCCAGGAGGGGCCGGCAGAGUCUCCCACAGAGUGCCCGGAGGAGAACAACAAGACCCCCGAGGAGAGGAACUCCCCUUCGGACCUGGCAUUCAACGGGGACCUGACUCAGCCGGCCAGCUCUGAACCAUGUACUGAUGUUUCCAAGCCCUGGGUCCCCUCAAGUCCAGGCCCUGCCUCAGAGAAUGGAGGCACCACCAGCCCAGGCCUCCCCACUGAAGUCUCAGGCCCAGAUCCCGGGUCCCUGCGACUUCACUCACCUGAUGGGAGCCCUCUGUGCCGCUCUCAGCUGCCAGAAGCCCAGAGUCCCGUGGCUUCUGGGCCUUCUCCCUGCCUCCCUGUGACUCCAGCAUCCUCAACGGCAGUCCUGCUGGAUGAGGGCUCCUGCCGUCCCUCUAGCCCAGGGCUCCCUGCUGCGGGAGCCUCAGAGGCCCACGGACCUGGCAGCCCGGCCCCUGAGAAGGUCUUGGGGUGCCACAGCCCAGAGCAGCCCCCAGCCACCUCGCCCCGGCCCCUGAUGGAGGGGGGUGAGUUGCUGGACCUUGCCCGGACUUUUCCAUCUGGGGAUGUGGCCAAGGGUGAUGUAGACCUGCGCACCAUCAGCCUGGCUCAGCGCCGAUUUUCUGAGGGUGUGCUCAGGCCGCCUAGCCAAGACCAGGAGAAGCUGGGGGGCUCACUGGCUGCCCUGCCCCAAACCCAGGGGAGCCAGUUGGCCCUGGAUCAUCCCUUUGGGAGUGGGACAGAGUCCAACUGGAGCUUAUCACAGUCCUUUGAAUGGACCUUCCCCACGCGGCCUUCAGGUCUUGGGGUCUGGAGGCUGGACUCCCCGCCUCCCUCCCCUAUCACCGAAGCCACUGAGGCUGCGGAGGCUGCUGAGGCUGGUGAUUGGGCUGCGUCUGGCAGGGAAGAAGGCGUGUCCCAGCAGGGGCACGGAGCCCAGUCAGCCCCAGAGGGGUCAGGAAGGCCUGGCUCCUGGGCGCAGGUGGAUGGUCCAGGCAUCUUCUCAACCCACAAAGGCGAUGGCGAGAGUCAGCCUCGGUCCCCAGCUGUGCCCCUUGAGCCAUUACCAACGACAGGGGUCUCCCCUGGGUCAGCCUUGUUGCAGGCAGAGGAGAGGCAUGAGGAGGGGGAGCCCCUGGCCGGACAGGAGUCCCCGCUCCCUCUGGCCACCAGGGAAGCUGCUCUGCCCAUCCUGGAGCCGAUCCUGGGGCAGCAGCAGCCAGUAUCCCCUGACCAGCCCUGUGUCCUCUUUGCUGACACCAUGGACCUGGGGCAGGCACUGCCUGCUGAGGAGGAGGCCGUGACCCUGGCCCAGGCUGAGACCACCCUACCCAGAACAGAGGUUCAAGACUGCUGUAGGGCGUCCCCUGAACCUGCAGGCCCUGAGAGCAGCUCCCGCUGGCUCGAUGACCUCCUGGCUUCACCACCACCUAGUGCCAGUAGUGCAAGGCAGGGAGCUGGGCCUGAGCUGAAGGACACGCAGACCCCAAGUGCCUGCUCCGAGGGACUCCUUGGCUGGGCCCAAAAAGAUCUGCAGAGUGAAUUUGGGAUUGCAGCAGACCCACAUCCCAGCAGUUUUCGUCCUUCCAGCUGGUCCCAAGACUCUUCUCAGGACUAUGGCCUCGGGGAGGCCAGCCCUAGAGGGGACCCAGACCUUGGAGAGCGGGACUGGGCGGGCAAGUGUGGGCAAGGAGUGGGGGAAGGGAGCGCCAUGGAGUGGGCCAGCAGGCGUGGCAUCAGCCAGGAGGAAAUAGAGGUCGGCAGCCAAAAUGGGAGUGGAGCGUCUGCCCCAGGGGGGCUCACAGCCCAGGACUGGGUGACUGGAAAGCCAGCUCAGAUUGGCACUCAGAGCCAGGAGGCGCAUAUUCAGGCCUGGGAGUUUGGAAAGAGGGAUUCCCAGGGCACUUACUCUAGCCGGGAUGCGGAACUCCAGGACCAGGAAUUUGGGAAGAGAGAUUCGUUGGGUACUCACAGCAGUCAAGAUACAAGCCUUCAGGACUGGGAAUUUGGGAAGAGAGAUUCGUUGGGUACCUACGCUAGCCGAGAUGUGACCGAGCAGAGUCCAGAACUGGGAAGGAAGGACCACCGUGGAGGGUACAGCAGCCAGGACGCAGGCGAGCAGGACCAGGAGUUUGGGAAGAGAGAUCCUUUGCUCAGCACCUAUGGCAGCCUGGGUGCAGAGCAGCCUGACCAGGAUUUUAGGAAUGCCUGGCUGGGGGAUUAUAGCGGCAGUGGCAGCCCCAUUGCCCUCAGACCCCCGGACAGAGUCUUUGGAGUGAGAGCCCUGAGCGCCGGGUUCAGCCCCGAGGAAGCCCAACAGCAGGACGAGGAGUUUGAGAAGAAGGUCCCGAGUGGGGCAGACAGCCAGGGCGAGGCCAGCAGGGACUUGGGCCGACCUGAAGAGGGAGAGUCGCGGGGCUUGUUUGGGCCCAGUGCCCCCCAGCCGCAGGAUGGGGCUGUGGAGCAGACAGACCGGAGCAGCUGGCAGGGCAGCCCUGCCGGCCAGGAUGUUGGUGGGCCUCAGGGGAGACAGCAGGCCGCGGGCCAGGGCCCAGAUGCUGCUGACCUCCCAGACAGGGAGGGGGAGCAGCGUGGCUGGGCCAGCGACUUCCGCCUCGGUGUGGUCCCCCAGCAGGAUGUGACCUUCAGCCCAGGGCAGCGGGCCUGGAGUGGCGACUUCUGCGUGGAGGCUCCAGGCCGGAGCUCUCAGUUUGGUGUCAUUGGCAAUGACCGGCUGAGCGGUGCUGGCCCGACCCCUGCCGGCAAGGUGGGAGGGGGCUGCUUUGUGCCUCCCGAAAAGGCCUUGGCUGGGCCUCUGGACUGGACUGACCAGCUGGGCCUCAGGAACUUGGAAGUGUCCAGCUGCGUGGGUUCGGGGGGCUCGAGUGAGACCAGGGAGGAUGCCAUGGGACAGAUGGGCUGGUCGGACAACCUGGGCUUGAGAGAUGUGGACCUGGCCAGCCGUUUGGAGACUGGAGGGUCUGAGGAGCCCAGGGGGAUUGGCGUUGGGGAGAAAGCCUGGACUUCUGACCUUGGGGUGGGGAGCAGGGAUUUGGUUGGUGUGGGGGAGGUAGGAGGCCUCAGCCAGGCCAGAGAGAGUGGUGUGGGGCAGACUGACUGGUUGGGUGUGGAGGCUGGGGAGUUCCUUAAAUCAAGGGAGCGUGGAGUGGGGCAGGCAGACUGGACACCUGACCUUGGGCUGAGAAACGUGGCCCCAGGGGCAGGCCAGGUGGAUUGGGGCAACAAUCUGGGCCCGAGGAAUUUGGAGCUGCCCUGUGACCUGGAGUCUGGAGGUUCUCUGGAGCUGCGGGGAUGUGGAGUGGGGCAGAUGGACUGGACCCAAGACCUGGGACUCCACAACAUGGAGCUCUCUGGGGCCCCGAGCGAAGCCAGGGAGCGUGGGGUGGGAGAGGUCAGUCAGUGCCUAGAGCCAGGCCUCAGGGACAGUGGUGUCUUGUCCUCUGGCCUGGAGGCCAGAGACCCCUCCGAGGCCAGGGGCAUGGGGCUAGGUGAGACAGGUGGGCCAGAGACCCAGGGUGAAGAUAACUCUUGUCCUUCCGUGGAGACCUGCCCUGCAGACCUCAGAAUGGAGACAGGAGAAGCCCCCAGCUUUGGAGCCAGCCCUGGCGUGUGCCCGGCCCGCUCCCCACCCUCUGGCUCCCUGGGCCUCGUGGAGGACAUGCUGGCUGCCAGCAGCUCCAAGACAGUGGCCCGCAGGGAGUCAGCAGCCUCAAACCACAGCGGCCUGUUGGAGGAGGAAGGAGCCACAGCAGGUGCUGACCGAGGGGAGCCCCUGGAACCUGGCAGGGACCCUCUGCCCGCCUGGAGGCCGCAGCCUGAUGGUGAAGCCAGCCAGGCAGAAGAGGUGGACGGCACCUGCGGUCCUUCAGGGUCUGGGCAGGGCGAGCAGGGCCUGACAAGGCAGCAGCCAGCCCAGGGUCCUCUCCCCACCAGCUCCCCCAGCCAGGACUUCUCCUUCAUCGAGGACACUGAGAUCCUUGACAGUGCCAUGUACCGGAGCCGUGCCAACCUGGGGCGCAAGCGUGGGCACCGGGCCCCGGCCAUCCGGCCUGGAGGCACCCUGGGCCUGUCGGAGGCAGCAGACUCAGAUGCACGCCUGUUCCAGGACUCUACGGAGCCACGAGCUUCUCGGGUGCCAUCUUCAGAUGAGGAGGUGGUGGAGGAGCCUCAGAACCGCCGGACACGGAUGUCCUUGGGCACCAAGGGGCUGAAAGUCAACCUUUUUCCUGGCCUGAGCCCAUCAGCCCUGAAGGCCAAACUGCGCUCCCGGAACCGCUCAGCUGAAGAGGGGGAGCUGGCAGAGAGCAAGUCGAGCCAGAAGGAUUCGGCGGUCCAGCGCUCCAAGUCCUGCAAAGUCCCGGGGCUGGGGAAGCCUCUUGUGUUACCUCCCAAGCCAGAGAAAUCCUCAGGGUCAGAAGGAUCAUCACCCAACUGGCUACAAGCCCUGAAGCUGAAGAAAAAGAAGGUGUGAGAAGUCCCUGAGGUCCCCCCAUCUGGCAGCCUCAGGCAGUGCCCAGUCCUGUGGGGUCCCCAGCGAGGAGACGGCUGGAGCCCCACCAUGCCUCAGGCUGCGGCCUCUGCCCCCCUCCACCUCUGAGGGGCGUUGGGGGCGGCACAUUUAUGCACUUUGUAUCACCGCCCCAGCUCUCCCCCCACCCCCCUCCCAACCUGGAUUCAGGCAUUGGUGGUCGACGGUUUUCCCCUGCUCUCCUUCCACCUCCCUCUCUGCUCCCUCUUCCAGCCUCCCUUGGGUUUUCUUUUGAUACCAAUUUAUAGCAUUUUUUAUAAAAGCCUUUGAUUUUUGUAAUGGGCCAAGCCCUGCCCCAGCCCCACCCCAGGUCUCCCUCCACCGUGCCAGGUGCCCCACCGAGACCAAACAUUUUGCCACUUGAAACAAUAAAGUUUUUUGGGAAUUGGUGCUGC